CAGUGUGACAAUGACUUAUUUAGUUGUUGAGUUAUCUGCCCUUAGAACAUAAGUGAAAGCAAGGGGGAAAUGGCCAAGAAUCAUCACGUUAUCUUCACUAAAAGGCCGGGUGUAAAUGGAGAGCCUGCAGAGGACAAUUUUGGAUAUGAAGAGUGUGAUUACCCAUGUGAUCCUCAGAACAAUGAAGUUCUCCUGAAAACCUUAUACUUGUCUGUAGAUCCUGCGAUGAGAUGUCGGCUGAAUGAGGAGACUGGUGUGACCUACAUAGGGCCAUUCCAGAUUGGAGACCGGAUUGGGGGAUUUGGGGGAAUCGGAGUAGUAGUGAAAUCAGCCUGCCCCGCCUUCCAAGAGGGAGAUGUGGUCCACGCGGGAUUUAAUUGGCAGUGGGCUAAAUACUUCCUAGAAACUCCAAGAGAGCUCUUCCAACUAGGAAAGAUUGAUUCUUCACUAGUAAAUGGAAAGGUUUCCUUAUACCUCAGUAUAUUGUCUUUGACCUCUGGUCUUACCUCUUACCUUGGGGUCAAAGAAAAAGGUCAUGUGAUCCCAGGUGCCAAUCAGACAAUGGUUGUGAGUGGAGCAGCAGGUGCUUGUGGUUCGCUGGCUGGACAGAUUGGAAAGCUAGAAGGCUGCUCAAGUGUUGUGGGUACAUGUGGUUCUUCAGAGAAAUGCCAGUUCUUGACUAAAGAGCUAGGAUUUGAUUCCGCAAUCAACUAUAAAACACAAGAUGUUUCCUCUGAGCUACAGAGGGUGUGUCCCACUGGUGUUGAUGUAUAUUUUGAUAAUGUAGGAGGAGAUCUAAGCAACAUUAUCAUACAGCAGAUGAAUGCAGAUUCUCAUGUGGUACUAUGUGGACAGAUAGCUGUAUACAACAAGGAUGUACCCUACCCUCCACCUAUCCCUGAGGAGGUACAGAAAACUCUCAGGGACAAAAACAUCACAAGAGACAGGUACCUGGUGCUAAAUUACCCAGAUAAGUUCGAGUCUGGGAUGAAACAGCUUGUCCAGUGGACGUUACAAGGAAAGUUAAAGGUAAGAGAGACCAUUGCAGAAGGACUAGAACAUGCUGGCAAGGCAUUUGUUUCCAUGAUGAAGGGAGGCAAUAUAGGAAAACAGCUUGUACAUGUUGGAGACUCCUGACCAUAAACUUAACACUAUAAUAAUGUGUCGAAUUAACUUAAAACUAUAAAAAUGUGUCAAAUUAAUUCAAUCAAGGACUACAGGUAUGAUUCAACUUUGUGGGUUGUUAGACUGAUUCAUCAAUUAAUGUUUUACUUUUGGUUACUGUAAAAUCAGCUUUUUUAGGUGUAAUAGCCAUUAUUAAUUAACUACUUGCAUAUUGACAAUAAUAUGAGAAAACUUCCCAAUCAAUGUCAUAGCAAAACUGGGCCAAUAUGGGAGAAACUGGGCCAAUAUCGACGAACUUGGCCAAUACAGGAUCAACUGGGCCAAUAUCGAUACUGCGCCAUAUUUUGCAGAACAUUUCUAUACUUAUCAGCAAUGACUACUUUUAGCUUCAGUAACGCUUCAUGGACAACAACAGAAGACAACUAACCAUGGAGCAAGGAUCUGACAGCCCCGCCAAAAACGGCGAAGAUAUGCUAGCAGUUAUAAUGCAUGACAUUGCUUACUGAUAUAUUAGUAAUACAUGCUCAAAGGCGAAUUCUGAACUACAAGGUUUUCUGCCCUUUCCCCUGUUAUGUGUUGCACAUAAUGUAAUGCCUCUCACCCCCAGAAAAAAGUGAAGUACAGUCAGUCCAUGUCUAGUUCACAGGUAGAAAUCAACUGAAUACAAUUUUGAAAUUAUUGUUAUUAAAUUUGUUGAAUUUAAUCAGUUCAUUUUUAGCUCACCAGGCCCUAAGGAGUUAUCUUUAAAAUUCUUUUUCUCUACUCUUACAAGUAGUAGGGAGUAAUGGCACAUUUAAUUAUAAUCAUCAACUAUAGCCCUCUUUUGAAUGUAUGAAAUUUAUGGCCCUGGGGUCAAGGAGUCAAGAGUAGGGUGCAGGGUCAAUAUUGUGUACUUGUUAUGUAAUUAUGUAUUUAUACAUUUAAUUUUCUUCUUCAAAACUACUGGGUCAAUUUUGACCAAAUUUGACUUAGAACAUCACUAGGACAUGGGGAUCUGACUUUAUGAAAUUUAUGGAGCUGCACUCCCAGGGGCCUGAGGGGUGGGGCCAAAUAGGUAAACAAGAGUACUGCAGGGCGGAACGAAAUGAACAAAGGGCAAUAACUUCUGCAAAAAUCGUCGACUCAAAAUUCUAGGGAGACACAACUUCAUAUCAUGAUUAUAAUGUAUACCAAAGAGGUCGGUCGAAAAAUGUAGUAGGAGAUUGCA